AGUGGCUGGAGAAGGUAUCAGUGAUCGAGCUCUCACACUGCGCGCACUAAGUUGGAGAGGCGCUGAGACUCUGGAGGAAGAUCCGCCUGUUGAGUGUUGAAGGAGUGAGAGGAGCUGCACCUGUGCGCAUCUCCCCAAACGAUUUCUCCUACAAAUUUGUUUUUAUUAUUAGACUUUUCAUCUUAGACUUUUUUUUUCUCCGUGCGCUUUAAUGUAACCACAUUCUUUCUGCCUUGUUCCUUCCCGUUAAAACGCAAGGCACAGCCCACAAUUAUGAGGUGCAGCCAUGGCAGGCAAGGGUAAGGCAGCCGCGAGGACGCUGGAGGAUUUGACGCUCGAUUCCGGUUAUGGUGGAGCGGCGGACUCGUUUAGGUCGUCCAGCGUGUCGCUUUGCUGCUCCGACACGCACCCGUCGUUCCCGCAUGGGGGAAACUGCUGGCAUCUGACCGAAUCCAUGCACAGCAGACACAACAGUCUGGACACGGUGAACACCGUGCUGGCGGAAGACACGGAGAUCCUCGAGUGCUCGGGCCAGUGUGCCAAGCUGCCCGAGCUCGAAGAGGUGCCGUGGAGCGUGGCCGAGGUGGAGGGCGCGCUGCGGAAGGACGACGAGGCGGUGCGCUCGGCCGGCGUGCCCCGCGACAUCGUGGCCAAGCUGUCGGCGCUGCUGAGCCGCGCGCUGGUCCGGAUCGCCCGCGAGGCGCAGCGCCUGAGCCUGCGCUACGCCAAGUGCACCAAGCGCGAGGUCCAGAGCGCCAUCAAGGUGGUGCUGUCGUGGACCAUCUCCGCCAACUGCGUGGCUGCGGCGCUCGGCGCGCUCUCGCUCUACAACAUGAGCACCGGCGACCGCUUUAGCCGCGGCAAGUCGGCGCGCUGCGGUCUCGUCUUCUCCGUGGGGAAGUUCUUCCGAUGGAUGGUGGACAGCCGCGUGGCUCUGAGGAUUCACGAGCACGCCGCCAUCUACCUGAGUGCUUGCAUGGAGACCCUGUUCCGCGAGGUGUUCGGUCGCGUACAGAGGAGCGCGCUCGUGGAGAAGGAGAACGGCGUUCCCAAGCUCACUGUCGAGUCCCUGGAACAAGCGAUCAACAACGACUCAGAGCUGUGGGGUCUGCUGCAGCCCUACCAGCACCUCAUCUGUGGCAAAAACGCAAGCGGUGUCCUGAGCCUGCCGGACAGCCUGAAUGAACACCGUGAUCAGCAAAGAGGGGGAAAGAAUGCAGAAGGUCAUGUCUUUACCCAGGCUGAACUACGGACCAUCGAACAGUCCCUUCUGGCCACCCGUGUGGGAAGCAUCGCUGAGCUAAGUGAUCUGGUGUCUCGCGCCAUGCACCAUCUCCAGCCCCUUCACAUCAAGAGCCCAAGCAAUGAUACGCCGGUGCACCAGAACUGCGGAGGACCUAUACACUGGGAACCUGAGGCUCUGUACACCCUCUGCUACUUCAUGCACUGUCCCCAGAUAGAGUGGGAGAACCCCAAUGUGGAGCCCUCCAAGGUCGCCCUGCAUACAGAAAGGCCGUUCAUCGUUUUACCUCCACUGAUGGAGUGGAUCCGGGUGGCUGUAGCACACACCGAGCACCGGCUCAGCAUUUCUGUAGACAGCGAUGAUGUGAGACAGGCCGCCAGACUGCUCCUGCCUGGAGUGGACUGUGAACCGCGGCAGCUAAAAGCAGACGAUUGCUUCUGUGCCACGCGAAAGCUGGACGCAGCCUCUACAGAGGCCAAGUUUCUGCAGGACCUGGGUUUUCGGAUGCUCAAUUGUGGCCGCACUGACCUCGUCAAGCAAGCGGUCAAUCUUCUGGGACCUGACGGCAUAAACAGCAUGAGCGAACAGGGAAUGACCCCUCUCAUGUACGCAUGCGUCCGUGGUGACGAGGCCAUGGUACAGAUGCUGCUGGACGCAGGGGCCGAUAUCAAUAGCGAGGUUCCCAGCUCAAUACACAGACACCCCUCAGUUUAUCCUGACACCAGGCAGGGGACUCCACUCACUUUCGCCGUGUUGCACGGACACGUCCCUGUCGUGCAGCUGCUAGUGGAUGCUCAAGCCAAUGUGGAGGGGGCAUUGCAGGACGGAGCUGAGAACUACAGUGAAACACCGCUCCAGCUGGCCUCUGCUGCAGGUAAUUUUGAGUUGGUCAGUCUGCUUUUGGAGAGGGGAGCGGACCCCUUAAUUGGAACCACAUACCGCAACGGCAUUACUUCAGCUCCUUUGGGGGAUAUGAACUCAUACAGUCUCGCUGCAGCUCACGGGCACAGGAAUGUUUUCCGGAGGCUUCUGUCACAGUCGGAGAAGGACAAAGGCGACAUGAUGUCUCUUGAGGAGAUCCUGGCUGAGGGCUCGGAGGCUGUCAAGGAGAAACGAACAAGCCACUCGGAGGGCACACUGCGCACAGGCAAGGCGAAACUGAGGGCCCUCCGAGAGGCCAUGUACCACAGCGCCGAACACGGCCAUGUGGACAUUACCAUAGACAUCCGCAGCUUGGGUGUGCCGUGGACUCUGCACACAUGGCUGGAGUCUCUGAAGACGUGCUUUCUGCAGCAGCGACGGCCGCUGAUCCAGGGCCUGCUUAAAGACUUUAGCUGCAUCCAGGAGGACGAGUACACCGAAGAACUCAUCACACAUGGCCUACCGCUCAUGUUCCAGAUCCUCCGAGCCAGCAAGAACGAAGUGAUCAGCCAGCAGCUAGCUGUAAUCUUCACCCAAUGCUAUGGGCCAUUUCCAAUCCCCAAGCUGACAGAGAUCAAAAAGAAACAAACCUCACGACUGGAUCCACAUUUCCUGAAUAAUAAAGAGAUGUCAGAUGUGACAUUCCUGGUGGAAGGGAAACCGUUUUAUGCCCACAAGGUUCUGCUCUUCACGGCAUCUGCAAGGUUUAAGUCUCUGCUCUCCAAUCGACCCGCUGCAGAGAACACAUGCAUUGAAAUCAGUCAUGUCAAGUACAACAUUUUUCAGUUGGUGAUGCAGUACCUGUACUGUGGUGGCACUGAAUCACUACACAUCAGAAACACCGAAGUCAUGGAGCUCCUCUCUGCAGCCAAGUUCUUCCAGCUUGAGGCCCUCCAGCGACACUGUGAGAUCAUCUGCUCCAAGAACAUCACCAUAGAAACUUGCGUGGACAUUUACAAACAUGCCAAGUUCCUGGGGGCCACAGAGCUGUCAACCUUCAUCGAAGGCUAUUUUCUAAAGAACAUGGUGCUCCUGAUUGAGCUAGAGAACUUUAAGCAGCUCCUCUAUGAGAUACCUGCUGAGAGCCCCGGCCCAGGCCCUUCCUACGACGUGCUCCAGGAUGUGGAACAAACUCUGGCCACUCGUAUCCACUCCAUCCAUCUUUCCUCUUCCAAAGGCUCUGUCGUCUGAUCCAAGAAUUAACCCCUUUUUCACAUUUUUCGGCCGGCUAUAUAACAAAUUUGGAUUCAUUGUCUGCUCCUUCGGCUGAUUUCUAGGAUGAUUGUUUGUGAGCAGUUAUAACAUCUGAUCUGUACCAAGAGGUCACAGGUCUGUUUUUUAACUUCAGAGGCAAGUGUGCCAUUUCACAGGAUAUAUUAUGUGUCAUACAAACACUGAACUGGCGUUCUGACAUGUAAUUACCGGGCACAAAAACAGACGUUUCCACUAAAGAUGUCAUUUUCACUCUGCUUAAAGCUUUUGUGGACACUGCAACUAGUCAAUAAGGGAAAAACUAUGAAUUGGGGUUCAGUCACUGCGUUUCCUCACAUUAUCUUUCGGAUCACUUGUCCAACAUCAAAAUAUUACGUAAAGUUUUUCCUUCCACCUUUCACAUUCAAGAUAAAGAAUGCAUCAAUCAGAAAGUAUGCUAUAGGAACAGACUAAUCCAUUGAACCGAUCUGCUAGAGCUAAUUAAAGUAGACUUUGUUGCCAAUGUGCUGUUCAGAAAUGAUAGAGAAGCUAUUUAUUUAUGCUAUAACUUUUGUUUGAAUUGACUUUAUUUGUAGCAGUAAAUAAGGAUUAGUCUGGAACUGUGGGUUCCAUAAAUUAGUUAGCAAACAGUGAAACACAUUAACAGAUUUUUUUGUGCAGAAAGAUUGGCCAGCUAAUCGUAUUUAACGAUGGAUAAGGUCUGUAGUUAAAAAGCAGUCUGUCAUACCACCCUGGCUAAUUGUCCUCUCCUAGGUAACACGCUGUCCUCACUGUAGGAAGUCCUGUGCUCCAUGUCCCCGUUCCUUUCUGCCCAGUUUUAAUGACCUAUGAAACCACCACUGUGCUUAGUACACUGAAAACUGAGCAACUCAUCCUUGCCUUGAGGUUGUGUAAAAAAAUCAAUAUUCUACUUCAAUAAACUGCAUGGGCCCUUUGCAGCCUUUACAUUUUGUAAUAAAAAAAACAUAAAGGGAAUAUAAAAAAACAAACAGUUUUACCGAACUCUGUCACUAUGUCAUUAAAGGACGACCACUUAAAUUCCAAACUGUGGACGGAAAAGUGUUUGUGCAGUUUGCUCUGGUGCAGGAGACGAGCGUUUCAUUGACUGCGAAUAGAAAAAAAAAACUUUUACAGGAAGAUGCCAACACACUGGUCAGUACCACUUUGACUCUAUGAAGUGUACAUACUGCAAAUUCACAUCUGCACCUCUGCUUUGGUUCUACGUGACGCCAAGCUCAAGUGUUGCUGUUUUAAUUGUGCAAUUAUGUCAUUUGCCAAAAUGCAUGUUGUGUGUUUUUGUUAGGUUUUUUUUUUUUUAGUUAUUUAUUUUUUUAUGAUGUUUUCUUUUUUUGUUUCCUCUAAUGUCAGUGUUAAACUGUCAAAGGAAUGUAAUACCAGCAUGUAUGUGUGUGUGUGUGUGUGUGUGUGUGUGUGUGUGUGUGUGUGUGUGUGUGUGUGUGUGUGUGUGUUUCCACAUACUGAACCCAAAGUAACUAAUGUAUAGGAAAAACUGAUAAGGCACUUCAUCCAAAGAACAUCUGAAGUUACUGCUAGUAUUGAAAGGAAAUUCAAGACGAUGGUCUGUUUGUCCAUUUUGGUCUUUGUUAUUAUUUGCACCCGUAUUGGCAACCCAGUAAUCCCAGUAUAUCAUGUAUUAUAUACAUUGCGCACAUAAAAAUAUAAAGCGUUGGUAUGGAACCUUCAAGAAAAGUAAACGGAGAUUAAAUGAUGAAUCGAAUGUUUGUUAUGAACAUUUAAUGUAACAGGAGCCUGUACAUGACAGACGGGAAUGUUUAAGAGGACAAGAAGGUUGGUUAAUCUUCCUGUUUCCAAUGUGUAAUAAGAGAUUUAAAGAGAGUUUAAAGAGUUUAUUCAUAUGUAGCUAACAAAGGGAUGAUAUCGUGAUGCAAAUAAUUAUAAACUGUGAAGAUUAUUUUAUUUGAAAUCAUAGUAGCUUUAUUUUCUUACAAUAUAUGUCAUAUUGUUACACUCCUUUCAGCUGUUCUGUUGUAGCUAAGACAAUCGUAUCUUUUUUUUUUUGUUUUUUUUUCUGCCAUUCUCACUUUUCGGUCAAAUGUCACUGUUUUUCUCAUGUAUGUGCGCCAAAAUGUAUCGCAACAGUUUCAACACACGCAAACCCACAGACAGAUUUGACAAAUGGAUAAGUUCAAGCAGUCCAUGUUUUAACUUUUUCUAUCUCCUGAUGGCUGUUUUUGUUCGUUGCGCCUGCUGGAAAUAAGGUUGUGAAAGCAAUAUCGCACAUUUAAUCAACUCUUAAGAAAGGUAUGAUCUUUGUGAUUGUGGCAUAUGAGGGACACUGGGAACAGUUGUCUUACUAAGUCUUUAUUGAUUAGUUGAAUAGUCCUGUAGUUCAGUACUACACUAAUUACUUAUUAUCUGAGGACCAGUUAAAAACUAGAGGCCAUUGUGGUUGUUAGUGGAUCCUUAAACAAACUUCUUCAGACAAAAAUAACAACUUGCUCAUUGUGUCUUGGCUUUGACGUUUGUCUGCUUUGGCUGCUAUUAAGACAUGCUUACAGACAGCGCGGCUGGGUGCCGUGGUUUUCUUUGAUGUCUCUAUUACACAAAACUUGCAUGCUUUUGACUGAAUCUGAGGGACUUAGUUUGCUAUCUUUAUUUCACUCGAUUGCAAAAUUGUACAUUGUACAAAGGAUACGUAUAUAGAAGUAUAUCUAUUAAACUUAGUGUAAAUAUAAAGGGAUGUGGUUGACUUUAUCAUUUGAAAAAAAAAGAAUGUCACUUCUGCUACAGUGCAAUUGUUCAAUGACAUGCGUUUGUGUACAGCCAAUAAAAUGAUCAUAAUUUAA